AUGUCCUCAGCAACAUCCUUCCGCGAGUUGAUCGGCGUGCAGCCAUCAAAAGCCAGUGUCGCCGAUAGCACCCUCAUCAUCAUCGAUGCUCAGAACGAAUACGCCGAGGGCAAGUUGAAGUGUUCCAACACAGCCUCCUCUCGCAAGGUCAUCGCCUCGCUGCUGCAAAAGUACCGCGACGGCAACGGAAAAAUUGUUCACGUCGUGCACGAUACUCCCGACGGCGCACCUGUCUUCACCCCUGGCACCAAGCUCGCCGAAGAGUUCGAGGAGCUCGCACCAAAGGAUGGAGAAAAGGUCAUCCACAAGAACUACCCCAGCUCUUUCGCGAGCACCGACCUCCACAAGCAUCUCGGCGGCGGCAAGAUUGUGCUCACCGGAUACAUGGCGCAUGUCUGUGUAUCGACAACAGCCAGACAGGGAGCUGAGCUGGGAUACGACGUGGUUUGCGUCGAGGAUGCAAUUGGCGACAGAUCGAUUCCCGGAGUCGAGGCUGAGGAGCUGACCAAGACUGCGUUGAACGAGAUUGCCGAUGCAUUUGGCACCGUCAUUCAGAGCAGUGAGAUCCAAUAG